AAUCACACGUACACGCACACACACAACGACGCUGACACUGAGACUGACGCUCGGCGAGACAUUUUUUUGUGUACAUUUUUGUAUGUUUUCAUAUUGUUGUUGUUUGCAACAAAGUUUUACGUUUACGUUUUUUGCCUGUUUAUUGUAUAUAAAUGUAAAUGUAUAUGUUUAUUGCCUGUCUCGUAUACGUUUGUGUGUGUGUUCUUACCUCGUAUUUGUUAUAUCUACCAAACUACCAGUAACAACAAAAAAAAGGAAAGAAAAAAGCAACAAAAUAAAACAAAAUAACAAAAACGCAGCAGCAGCAGCAAUAUGCUGCCAACAACAAUAAAAACAAUCAGCAGUCGCAACAGCAGCCGCAGAGCAGCCGCAGUCGCAGUCGUCGUCGCAGUAACAGCAAACAACAGAACAUCGCUGCCGUCGUCGUCGUCGUCGCUGCUGCCGUCGCCGCCGCUGACGUCGCCGCAUGCAUACUAUUAAUUUAUUAUACAAAUUGUUUUUAUUUUGAAUAAUGGAUCGUCGUGCAUUGAAGUUUAUGCAAAAAAGAGCGGACACUGAAAGCGAUACAACAACAACAACAACAAACACAUUAACAGCAACAUCAACAGCAACAACAUUAGCAGCAGCAUCAGCAGCAGCAACAACAAUUUUAACAACAGCAACAACGACAACAACAACAACUGCGCUUCCAUUAAAAGACAACUCGAAUAUACGAGGCAGCAGCAGCAGCAGCGGCAGCGACAAGUUGCAAACAGCAACGCAGCAGCUACAACAGCAACACAAGCAGCAGCAGCAACAACAACAGCAGCAACAGCAGCAGCAGCAGCAACAGCAGCAACAACAACAUAUUGUCAGCGUUGAGCGGCCCUUGAAGUGCCUGGAGACGUUGGCCCAAAAGGCGGGCAUUACCUUUGACGAGAAAUACGAUUUUGCCAGUCCGCCGCAUCCGGGCAUUGGCGCCCAUACGCCCACGCACAACAACAACAACAACAACAACAAUAAUAAUAAUAAUAAUAACAAUAAUAACAACAAUAAUAACAAUAAUAACAACAACAACACGCAGUUGAACAACAACAAUCACGUUAAAAACGUUACGCCCACAUCAAUUGCAACAAGCACUGCGCAGACGCCGCCCUCAGCGCGACGCACAGCAGCAGCAACAACAGCACCAACAACAGCAGCAGCAGCAGCAGCAACCACUCCCAACAGCUCAGCGCGUUCACGUAGCGUCUCACGUUCGCGCUCGCGGUCGAGCACGCCCACCUCACGCACAGCAGCAGCUACAGCAGCAGCCGUAGCAGCAGCAGCAGCAGCAGCAGCAGCAGUUGUUGGCGGCACGCUGGAGAAAUCACAGAGCCCCGCCCAACAGGUGGCAUCCGCUGCGGCGGUGCCACUGCAAAUCUCACCGGAGCAACUGCAGCAAUUCUAUGCGAGCAAUCCGUAUGCGGCCAUCCAGGUCAAGCAGGAGUUUCCCACACAUAAUGCUGGCAACAGCGGCGGCGGCGCUGGCGGCAACAACAGCAACACCAACGAGCUGAAGCAUGCAACCGGCCUGCUGGACGCCAACCAAACGACACAGCUGCAACAGUUGCAGCUGCAACAGCUGACCGCCGGCGAUGGCAGCGCAGCGGCUGCUGCUGCCGCCGUUGCCGCCGCCGCUGCAGCCGGCAGUCCAGCGGCAGCGCAACAGAAUGCGCUCCAACAGCAGGCGGCAGUAGUCGCGGCCCAGCAGCAGCAACAGCAGCAGCAGCAGCAACAUCAGCAACAACAGCAGCAACAGCAGGCCGCACAGCAGCAACACUCGACAGCAAUUAGCACCAUGUCGCCGAUGCAACUGGCCGCUGCCACCGGCGGAGUGCCCGCCGACUGGGCCAAUGGACGCACCGUGCAGCUGAUGCAGCCAUCGACCGGCUUCAUAUAUCCACAUCUGUCCAUUGUCUCCGGAAAUCUGCUGCCCGCCGCGCUGGGCCAGCAGCCCAUACAGGUGAUUGCCGCCGGCAAGCACUUCCAGGGCAGCGCGCCGCAAAUGAUAACGACGACCACGCAGAACACCAAGCAAAUGAUUGGCGGGCAGGCGGGCUUCGCCAGCGGCACCUAUACGAUACCCUCGAGCCAGUCGCCGCAGACGCUGCUCAUAUCGCCGGUAAAUGUGAUAUCGCAUUCGCCGCAGCAGCAGAGUCUUCUGCACUCGAUGGCGGCGGCGGCGGCGCAGCAGCAGCAGCAACAACAGCAGCAACAACAACAACAACAGCAACAACAGCAGCAGCAGCAGCAACAGCAGCAACAGCAAUUGACACAGCAGCAACAGCAACUGACGGCUGCAGCUGCGGCCCAACAAGCGCUGGCUGUCAGCGCCUCCAAGGUGGGCGUCGGCGUCGGCGAUGGGCAGGCCAAGCUGCAGCAGAAGGUCGUCCAGAAGGUGACAACCACAACGAACACGGUGCAGGCGGCGAGCGGUGCUGCUGCUGGCGGCGGCGUUGUCGCCCAGGCUCAACAGCAGCAGCAACAGCAGACGACCACACAGCAGUGCGUCCAGGUCUCGCAGUCAACCCUGCCGAGCGUGACGGCCGCCCAGGCGGCCCAGUUGAUUAGCCCGCUGCAGGGCACCGCCACCGGGCAGCCGCAGCAGAUGCAGCUCGCUCCCUGGUUUUGGCAAAAUUUCGGAGGCAGUCCGAUCAUCUUGCGUGGCCAGCCGGAUCAUACGUCCGGCAUGUUCAUCCAGCAGCCGACCCAUCAGGCCCUGCAAACCCAACAGAAUCAAAUCAUUCAGUGCAAUGUGACGCAGACGCCGACCAAGGCGCGCGCUCAGCUGGACGCGCUGGCGCCGAAGCAACAGACGCAGCAACAGGCGAAUGCACAGCAGCAGCAACAGCAGCAGCAGCAGCAGCAGCAACAGGCGCAGCAGCAGCAGGCGGUGGCGGUGGCAACCGCGCAGCUGCAGCAGCAGCAACAACAGCUGACGGCACAGCUGCAGCGCACCGGUGCUCCCAUCUUGCCGCACAAUGGGGCUCAGGUGCGGCCCGCCAGCUCCGUGUCCACACAGACGGCGCAGAACCAGAGCCUGCUUAAGGCGAAGAUGCGCAACAAACAGCAGCCAGUGCGGCCGGCGCUGCCAACGCUCAAAAUGGAGAAUGGACAGGCGGGCGGUGGCAAGGCCACGGGCAAUGCGGCAACGACGCUCAGUCAACAUAUCGCCGUGCAGCAGCAGCAGCAACAGCAACAGCAGCAACAGCAACAGCAGGCGGCGGCAGCAGCGGCUGCGGCAAAUCUGCACCAGGUGGUCACCACGGCGGGCAACAAAAUGGUGGUCAUGAGCACCUCGGGCACGCCGAUAACGCUGCAGAAUGGGCAAACGUUGCAGACGGGCGGCGUGGAUAAGCAGCAGCAGCAGCAACAGCAACAGCAGCAGCAGCAACAGUUGCAGCUAAUGAAGAGCCAACAAUUGCUGCAACAGCAAAUGCUGCAGCAUCAUUUAUUGCAAUUGCAACAGCAACAACAGCAGCAGCAGCAGCAGCAACAGCAACAGCCGCAGCAAGCGCAACAGCAGCAGACGCUGACAAAUGCGACCGCUCAGCAAAUAUUGCAGGUAGCGCCGAAUACGUUUAUAGCCUCGCAGCAGCAGCAACAAGCGCAGCAGCAGCAGAUGCAUAAUCAAUUGCUGCAGCAUCAGUUGCAGCAACAGCAGCAACAGGCACAGCAGCAACAGCAGCGCGAACAACAGAAUAUUAUACAGCAAAUUGUGGUGCAACAAACGGCCACGCAACAGCACCAGCAGCAGCAGCAUCAUCAGCAGCAGCAACAGCAGCAGCAACAGCAACAACAGCAGCAGCAGCAGCAGCAGCAACAACAACAGGCACAGCAGCAGCAGGCGCAACAGCAACAAUUGCAGCUGAGCAGCGUGCCCUUCUCAGUUAGCUCGACAACAACGCCCGCUGGCAUUGCCACCUCCAGCGCACUGCAGGCCGCAUUGUCCGCCUCUGGUGCUGUCUUCCAGACAACCACCAAGACGAGCACCUCGCUGCCCAGCAGCAGCGUGGUGACCAUCAGCAAUCAAAGCGCCGGGCCGCUGGUCACGAGCAGCACUGUAGCCAGUCUGCAGCAGCAGGCGCAACAAUUGCAGCAGCAGCAGCAACAGCAGCUUAUAACGGCCAGCAUAGCGGCUGCCACACAGCAGCAGCAACAGCAACAGCAGCAACAGCAGCAACAACAGCAGCAACAACAGCAGCAACAACAGCAGCAGGCGCAGCAACAGGCGCAGCAACAGGCGCAGCAGCAGGCGCAGCAGCAGCAGGCGCAGCAACAGGCACAGCAACAGCAGGCGCAGCAACAGGCACAGCAACAGGCGCAGCAGCAGGCACAGCAGCAGCACGCACAGCAGCAGCAGCAACAGGCGCAACAGCAAUUGUCCAGCAGCACGUUAACUGCUGCGUCGCCCACACAGAAUCCCAUAUUGGCCAUGACGUCCAUGAUGAAUGCGACGGUUGGCUUGCCGGCAACAACGCCGCCCGUGAGCAGCGCUGUGGUUAGCACGGCGCUUGUGACGCUCAGCAAUAGCAUAAGCUCGCUGCCAGCCACGCCUACCAAGGCAAUUACCAUGAGUACGGCCAGCAGCCAGGAGACGCCCAAACAGCAGCAGCAUCAGCAGCAGCAGACGGCGACGGCGGCGACAACGACUACGACAACAGCAUCUUUAGUGACAAUUGAGUCGGCCGCUUUGCAGGAUGCCAGCAAGGCCAACGCGGAGGCAAGCAGCUCCACGGCAGGCGCAGCAGAGACGCUGCACAACGGUGAUGUGGGUGAGGCAACGCCCACAAAGCUGACAGCAACGGCAACACCAACAGUUGCAGCUGCUGCAGUCAAGCAAAGCAAUGCUGUGUUGCCUAGCAGCAGCAGCGGCGGCAGCGGCGGCAAAGAUGACAACAGCAAUGUGAAGAACAGCAGCAGCAGCGUUAGCAGCACAGCGUCCACCAAUGGCAUUGCGAGCAGCGCGUUGCGUAACAGCAGCAGCAGCAGCAGUGCAACAACGACUACAACAACAACAACCACCAGCAGCAACAACAACAGCAGCAGCAACACCAGCAGCAGCAAUGGCAAGGAUCUGCCCAAGGCCAUGAUCAAGCCAAAUGUGCUGACCCAUGUCAUCGAUGGCUUCAUUAUACAGGAGGCCAACGAACCAUUUCCGGUGACACGGCAACGCUAUGCGGACAAGGAUGCCAACGAUGAGCCGCCCAAGAAAAAAGCAGCCAUGCAGGAGUCGGAUCUCAAGGCGGGCGCAACAGCAAGCACGUCGACAACAACAACAACACCAACAGCGAGCUCUGCAACAGCAACUGCUGCUGGCAUGGCUGGCGGGGCGCUGGUCAGCGUGGCCACACUGCCGGCGGAUAUGGUUGCCUGCGAGCAAUGCGGCAAGCCGGAGCAUCGCAGCAAGCUGAAGCGCAAGCGUUAUUGUUCGCCGGGCUGUGCACGUCUGGCGAAGAUGGGCGGCAGCAACAGCAGCAACGGCAGCGCCGUGGGCAUGGUCGCCGCUGAUGCAUUAGCACUGGCGGACAAGCUGGACGAAUCGCUGGCCGAGGAGAAAAUGCAAACGGACGCCCUGAGCCCCGAGCCGGCCAUGAUUAUAGCUGAGCUGCCGUCGGCCGUGCUGGCAGCGGCAACAGCCACGGCAACAAUUGCAGCUGCAGUGACAGCAGUGCCAGCAGCCACGCCCACCAGUAGCAGCAACAGCAACAGCAGCAAUGUCAGCGCCGCUGUCGUUGCUGUGGAGCGUCCCUCGAUCUGCAGCUGGAGCGUGGAUGAGGUCAGCGAGUUUAUACGCAAGCUGCCCGGCUGUCAGGAUUAUGUGGAUGAUUUUGUGCAGCAGGAGAUCGAUGGACAGGCGCUGCUGCUGCUCAAGGAGAAUCAUUUGGUGAAUGCGAUGGGCAUGAAGCUGGGACCGGCGCUCAAAAUUGUCGCCAAAGUCGAGUCCAUGAAGGAGGUGAAUCUGGCCCCGGCGGCAGUUAACGAUGGUGCCAAGGAAACGGCCAAUGCCGCGCAAUAGUGCAUAACCAGAGCAAGGGAUAGUUGCGUUAGCCGCCCCCGCCGCCGCCGCAGCAGCAGCAGCAGCAGCAGAAGCAGCAGCAGCUCCUCCUCUGGCAGCCGUAGCGCGCCUCUGUCGCCCGCCUAUUCCAUAACCCCGCCGCUGUACUCGCCCGUGCUGCGCAGCAAAUAGGCGCCACAAAAUGCUGGUCUAACCAGCUUCAAGUGGAGUGGCGUUCAUUGUGAAUGUGAUUCACAGCAGCUAAUGUUAACCGCCCGCUACACACCUAGGAGCACCGCAUCCUGCCCCAACACUCACACACUCACACAAACACACACACCACCCAACCCCUUGCUAGCCAUUCCCUAAACCCAACCCCAAGCUCGCAGCUGUAGUUGUAGUCUGUACGUAAUUUUAAUGUAGCUUAAAAUUUGUAAGGCCAAUUGUAUGAUAAUGAUUGAAAACUCCAUCUAAUGUUAGCAACCCCAAAGCCUACACCCGCUUAACUCUCGAAACCCCCUGCCCCUGACCCUGCCCCUGAC